GCGGCGGCCACGACUACGAGGGCCUCUCCUACCGGUCGGUGCGGCCCGAGGUCUUCGGCCUGCUCGACCUCGCCAACCUCCGGGCAGUGAGCGUCAACCACUGGGAGUACACGGCCUGGGUCGACUCCGGCGCCACCAUCGGGGAGCUGUACUACGCCAUCGGGAAGAAUAACCCCGAGGUCGCGUUCCCGGCCGGCGAGUGCCCGACCAUCGGUGUGGGCGGCCACUUCAGCGGCGGUGGCGUCGGCAUGAUGAUGCGCAAGUACGGCCUCUCCAUCGACAACAUCCUCGACGCCAAGCUGGUCAAUGCCAACGGGCAGCUCCUCGACAGGGCCGGCAUGGGGGAGGACCUCUUCUGGGCCAUCCGAGGCGGCGGCGGCGGGAGCUUCGGCAUCGUGCUCUCAUGGAAGGUCCACCUCGUGCAGGUCCCACCCACGGUCACGGUGUUCAGCAUCGCAAAGACGCUUGAGCAGGGCGCCAUAGACAUCCUUACCAAAUGGCAAGAUGUCGGGCCAUCUCUCCCCGCCGACCUCACAGUAACGGUGAUGCUGUCGGGGCAGCAAGCCGCGUUCCGGGCCAUGUACCUCGGCACGUGCAGCUCGCUCGUGGCAACGAUGGGCGAGCGGUUGCCGGAGCUCAACAUGACGAGCGCCGACUGCCAGCCCAUGACCUGGCUCCAGUCCACGGCCUUGUCCUUCAUCACCUUCACCAACAACAAACCGCUGGAGGAGGCGCUCCUGAGCAGGACCACCAGCCUCAGCACCUUCACCAAGGUCAAGUCCGACUACGUCACGCGCGCCAUCCCCAAGACCGCGUGGAAGGACAUCUUUUCCUGGUUCGCCAUGAACGGCGCCGGCCUCAUCGUGCUCGAGCCCCACGGCGGGCUCAUGGCCACCAUCCCCGCCGCCGCAACGCCGUACCCGCGCCGGAGCGGCGUGCUCUACAUCAGCCAGUACAUCGCGUUCUGGCAAGGCGACGGCGGCACGGCGGCCACCACCUGGCUCGGCAGCUUCUACGACUUCAUGGGGCACUACGUAAGCAGCAACCCGAGGCAGGCGUACGGCAACUUCCGGGACCUGGACAUCGGCCAGAACGCGGUGUCGGACGACCUCAGUACCACGUCCCAGAGCGGCAAGAUUUGGGGUGAGCGCUACUUCAUGAGCAACUACCAGAGGCUCGCGUCGGUGAAGGCAGCCGUGGAUCCAAUGGACUACUUCAGAAACGAGCAGAGCAUCCCCCCGUUGCGACCAGUCCCAGCCUUUAACGACUACAACGACGACCCAAGUGAGCAGAGAUUCAUGCCACAAGAUCCCAUUAAUUAGUACAGUAAUUAAUUCGAUCCUUUUACUACUUCAAGAUGACUACGGGCCCGGAUUAGUCUACUUCCCUUGCUGUAAUAAUACUGUACAAGUUGUAUUUUCUCCUUCUCGUGGUGACUGCUGGGUGGAGACAACUUAAUUACUCUCCUUUCCAGGAUAAACAUUAUCAAGUUGUAUUUGAAUGGACUGCGAUAUGCAUGGUGAUGAUGUGGAUGCU